UGUGGUGAUCGGUGGCUGGUGAUAGUGUAUUAUUGGUUGGGUAUCUUGUGCGAAAUUAUUACUGAUUAAUAUGUUUUAUCUGUACGGUAUAGUCAGUUCGGGAGUGCGUUGGAGAUUCUCAAAGGAAUAGAGAAUCGUAUCAGCGCUGGGCGUGGGUCGGUGUGUGCGGCCGGCUCUACUCGCGGCCAUUUUCUCACAGCAGCCGAGUCGAUGCCGUGGCUUUUCCCUUUCCGCCAUUUGAAACAAAGUGAUGUGUUCGGUGCAAUCGUGUAUUUGAGUGUGUGAGUGUUGAGGUGAUUGUGGAAGUUCCUGGUGCGAUGAGGUAAGAUGGAAAACGAGGUGAAACAACGGACUCAGAGGAAUAGAAGGCGCGAGAGAGCUCAGCGCAUGCAGGCUCAAAAACGCGAAAACAAAGUCAAAAAUGGUGGUGCAGCCGAUAGUGGUGAGGAUGAAUCCCCAACCAGGGAAAAACCUCAAAGACCUCCUCCGCCCAGCCGGAGAAAAAAGUCUAAAGAACCGGCGUUUGAGGAGGACGUUAUCGAUGGAUUUGCCAUUUUAUCUUUCAAGACUUAUGAGGAUUUGGAGAACACGAUACGGCUGUGCUCCAAGACGGGCAGUUGUGCGGUGACGUUAGGCUGGGAGAACGUCGUACCUAAGACUGAACCUGUCAACAACCACGUACACACGCGACAACACGCCAACAACAACAACAAUAACACCACCACCAACAACCACCACGACAAGGCAAGCAGUCGCUGCAGCAGUGGACGUGGAUAUAUCUGUGAUAGUGAAGGAGACGAUGAUAAGGAUAACCAAAAGGGCCUCGACCGACCCUUGUUCUUUCCAAAUCACGCGGUCGGUGCUAAACCCAUUCAAAAGGAACCACGAUGGAAGGGUUCCGAUGGUGGGUCCGUUCUCUUCACACCUUCAGUCAGAAAACAUGAACUGCCUGGUCUACCUCAAAACCUACACCCUCCAGUGCUGAAUGGAGGGGGAACAACAGGCACAGGGUCGCCAGGGAGGGGCAGUCCGAGUCCUCCACCCCCCACCAAACCUGUGGUCAUCGCUCCGCCUCCAGGUCCCACCCCCACAGCAUCGCCCCGCCCUCUGUCACCACCUCCACCCACCUCCCAGCCUCUUCCUCCGCCCGCUGCUGCACCAACGAUAUCACACUACCCGAUUUCCAAUGGUCCAGUGGCAAGUCAUACAAACCACAACCACUCCAAGAUGCCCACUCCCUCCCCUCCCACUCAAGUAUCUUCCCAUCCUGGCCACUCGCCACGCUCAGCCCCGGCUGUGGUUGUUAGCUCCGCCUACCCGCUACCACCCUCCAGCUACGGCCCGCCCCACAGUACAGGCCCCGCAUACCUCCCGCCCCCCGGGGUCUACCCUGCUGCUACUGCCCCCAGCCACAGCAGUCCCUUGGUGGUCUCCACGCCCAGCAGCUAUGUGCCUCCUCCUCUCUCUCUUGCUAGUCCAUAUACUCCGUUGUAUGCCCCAUACAACUCCACACCAUACAUGCCUACGAUAUCACAUGCUUCUCGAGUGAACCGUUCGCCUGUGUCGUCCACCAAGCCUCCUGUGGUAGCUACAACGACGGUAGCUCCUGUGUCCGUGCCUGUAGUCACCACUACUACCACGAGUCACCGAGACAUAGUCACCACGCCGCUGGUUGGGAGGAGUCACUCCCCUAGAGGUCACAGCCCUACCAGGGAGCGGGAUAGCUACAGCAGUAACGUGAGCAGUUUGAGUAGAGGCAGUGUUACGCCUGUGAACUGCUCGGGCCCACCAGCUAACCCUUCGCCUUUCAGUGCUCCUGCUUCAGCCUCUGGCCCUGCUCACUCACAACCCUCUAGUCUGGCGUACUCUGCCACCAAACCCCCUGUCUGGGUCGGGGGAUCGAGUAGUUCGUCACUGCCCGGAGCGCCAUCAGUGCCCCGCCAUCACCCCCAUCCAUUUCCCCCACCUAUGUUUGCCCCUCCUGCGCCUACCUCAGCUCCCAACCCCGCACCCCCGCCUACAAACCCCAACCCCUUCUCUGCAGAAUCUCUGUUUCAAUCAAGUAUGUCAAUACAACAUCCUGAUCUGUAUAAAGACCAAGCAGAUCUUCUGAGGAGAGAGUUGGACACAAGAUUCUUGGCCUCUCAAGACAGACCACUGGUACCUCCACCAUACCUGAGGACUGAGAUGCAUCAUCACCAACACCAACACACUCACGUACACCAACACACAACACCACUGCUGCCCCCUCCUCCCUCCACGCUCUUCGCCCCUCCCAUUUUCAAGGACAUCCCAAAGCUGGGAGGAGUGGACUCCCCCUUCUACCGCCAAGGUCUAGGUCUGAGCAGUUAUCCUGGGUUUUCCCCCGGCCUUCUCCAUCCCUCUAUAGGAGCUGCAACCCCAUUUGCUCCUCCAAACCACUUGCCUACCUUCACACCAAAGCAACUGACUGACAACACCAAACCCAAACCAGUGAACCUAAGGACUUCAUUCCCUCAUCAUUCUCACAAGAUGUCAAUCAAUUUUGCUUCGAAGACGGGUAAAUGGAACGCAAUGCACGUGCGUAUUGCAUGGGAGAUUUAUCACCACCAACAGAAGCAGGCAGCAGAGGUGAAGGCGGGGGUAGGAGUAGUAGGUGGUGGUGGUGUCCCCACCAAGUCAGAGCUACUGAGGCCUCCCACACAUCUGUUCCCCCCGCGGCCCCACGAACUGCCCCCAUUUGCUGCCCCGCAUCGACCUCCACACCCGUUUGAAAGCUCAGCACAUCCUGCUGCCUCUCCGUUUGCUGGGAUUGGGUCCAGCAUGUUUGGCAGGUAUCCUCCCAAUCCAACAGUACCAUCAAUGGCUACAUUUCCUCCAACACCUCUCUACGAUCCUUGGUCCAGGUUGCAGCCUAGAACGUCGUCGCUAGCUCCCACAGCGUUGGGUGCCAGUGUAGGACCUUGGAGUCUGAAACCAGAGCCCGGGAUGACUGAAGCUGAACGGGAGAGGGAGAGGGAGAGGGAAAGAGAGAGAGAAAAGGAGAGGGAGAGGAGUAGAGAGAGGGAGAGGCAAAGGAGAGAAGAAAAGCAGAGGAGGUUGCUGGCCGCACAACAACAGCAGCAGCAGCAGCAGCAACAACAACACCACCAACAUAAUAAGGUACGAGACAGGUCACCUAUCCGAGACCCAGCGUCUGUAGUUCCCAAGGAGGAAGAGGUGUUGCUGCUGGGGCGACCCCCGCCUCACUACUUGCCCCGUCCACCCCCCCGCACCAUGCCACACCCUUCACACUUCGCCCCCUCACCCUGGGACCAUCAUCCCUUCAGAGGUUACGACCAUCUACGAUACAAUCCACUCAUGGCCGCUGCAAUACGGGAAGAAGAAGAACAGAGAGCAAAGUUGUUUGCAGGGUUUCCUCCUCCGCCUCACUUGCGUACUAAGGCUCCAUCGCCACAUCGGCCUCCUCCACCUCAUCACAGCUUAGCUCCACACCCCAUCCCACACUCACACCCGGACCACAAGAAGGAAGAAUCCUCACAGUCGCGAUAGCUCACUCGCUAGUAGCCACACGCUUAAUACUGUGGGAUCAAUCCUACUUAACAAGGCUAGUGAAGUAAACAGUUUUACAAUUGUAGUUUUUAUGCUUGAUAUCGUAGAGUUUAGGCUAGUCAAGUUUUUGUUUGUGAUAGGCUGUACUGGGGAAAGAGGGUUGGUCAUUUUUUAUCAGAAGUAAUCAUUGGUAAAGUAAAUACAAUCAUUCUGAGAUUUGAAGACUAUAAAUUUUUUCUUAUUGGUGGUGAAAUAGUACCAUACAAGUCAAAUUCAAUUUUUGGGAGGCACGAUAACAUAUGAUUUCAAUACUAUUUAAAAAAAAUGUUUUAUUUAAAUCUAGCACCUGAAUCGAUUUAGUAUUGUUUUUGGUGACUUUUUGCACAAUACUCCUGGUUGGCUGUUAAAAAUGUAAUCUGAACAAGUAAUCCAAAACUAAUUAAUUGGUUAAGUUUUAUUGUUGUUCCUCUCUGACUUUAGCAUUGCUCCGUGGUUCUUUUCUCUCAACAAAUUUACAAGUGCAAAAUUGAAUCCAGUAUGUAAUGUGCUACGAGUAAAUUAUCUUAGGAAAAUGACUUGAUUUUGUUUCAAUAGUUCCUUAGGGAUCAGUGCCAUGUGAUAGUGUUGUGUUGAUUUGUGUUCCUUACAUCUGGAUAUCCUGAACUAAAUUUAAAAAAUUCACAUUUUAUCUUGAGUUAGCAAUUAUUUAAUUUUCAUCCUAACUAACAUCUAUUAUCACUUUUAUGACUAUAUUUUGUAACAGUAUUCUUAUAUAACUUUUUACCAUUUUUGGACAUUUUUUAAUUAUUUGAUGAUUUUAUCCAUGUAAUUGACUUUUGAAUGUAAAGUGAUUUUCCUGGAUUUAUAAUAAGAUGAAAUUUUGGACUAAAGUAUAUUCAGGUUAUUGCAUUUAGAUUUAUUCCUAGUAUUUAGGCCUACUGACCUAAUGAAAUAGUUUGAUAUGUAAAACAGUGUCUUUUUAAUACCUGUUUUUUAUUUUGAGUUUUUGUGUGGUUUUUAUUUUUUUAAUAAAUGAGCAAAUUUUGUUUUGAAUCAGUUUUUUAUUGAAUGGUUAAUAUAAUUAACCAUUUAGCCUAAGGCAAAAUGAUUGUUAAACUAAAAAUAUUGUUUAUUUUUAUGGAAAAGAGGAGGGACCAUUUCUUUCACUUUUGGUUUUGUACAUUAGUUGAAGAUAAAUUUGUUAAUGUCUAUUUUGGUUUAGCAAUUUAACUGUUUUGAACGUGUGAAUUAAAUUGGUACUUUUAUAAAUGUGAGAAAGCCCCAAAUGACACUAUUUUUGUAAGGAGUUUUAUUGUUGUUUAGCACGUUGCUAAAAUAAUAAGAUCUGAUUCAUAACAUUUUGAUUGGUGCACCAUUCUCUAGUUCCAAGACUAGAUAUUUUUCAACAUUUUGCCCUGUGGAAACCUGUGAGAUUAAAAUUUUGGAGUCAGCAAUUUCAUAAGCUUUAUUCUUUGAGAUUAAGUUUUAGGUUUUAGUGCAAUAAUAUGAAAUAGCCAAUUAAAAUCAUGCAGCCAAGAUGUGUAUGAAUAAGUUUAUUUUUUACAAUGGCAUUGAGUAUUUGUUUAAAGAUUUCUUUUAUGUUAUUAUUCUUUGAUUUUAAAAAUAAAAGAACAUCUAACAAAAUUAUUUUUGUAAAAAGUUCAGUUAAAAGUAAUGUUUAUUGUUGUACAAUGUCAGUGCCAUUAGGCUACUCAUAGGCAUAGGUAAAUGUUCCACCUUAAUAAUGUUUCUUAGAUAUAUUUCAAAUACUAGUCAAAAGGUGAAUUUUAUCAAAUGUUUUCUUAUUGUGACUGCUUGGCUGCUGAUUUUUAUGUUUUGGUUUGACCAAAGCAUCAUCGCAUUUACCUCAUUGACGAGGUACCUGUUAGGUUAGGAUGAAUCUGUAAUUCAUUAUGUAGCUUUAAACUGUACAUAGUGACGAUGUGUAUAUUGUAUAUGGAGUUGUAUAGUGAUUUGUGAUCAUCCCUAUCAGUAGUAUUUAUUUAAUAUUUAUAACUGAUUUUGAAGAUAGCAAAGAUGAUCUCAGAAUUGUGAGGAAGUUUUACACUUUUGUCUUUCAUGUGUGGAGAUCCCUCGCUAUCGGCAUACAGUAUAGCUUCCGUCAGAUGUGGUAAACUCUAUAUGUGAUUUAUGUUCUCUGAUGUGGAAGACAUAAUGUAAGCCGUUAAGAUUGGGCUUAAGGGCCUAGCUGUAUGGGAUGUGCCUAAUUCUUCACACAGAGUAUUAUGUACAUAAAAUUAUAAACUGCGAUUGUAUAAAGUCUCGUUUCGAUGGUGUAUAUAAACCCGUGUGCUUUAUGUCCGUAUGUAUGUAUUUAACCUAUUAUGUGCAUUUGUAAGAAAUGAAACUUUGUACACUUAUAACUUUUAACAAAUUUUAAUAUUUUUAAUGUAGCGACGGUAUGUACAGUAGUGUAGUUCCAAUUGUAAAUGGAAAUUACAUGUUUUUUCAUUAUGAAAUAUAA